CCUUCCUUCGCUCUCUCUCUCCCUUCCUCACUCUCUCUUCCUCCCACACACACACCUACACCCCUUCAACUCACCUCGUCUCUUCCCUUCUCCCACACCCUCCCUGGCCCCGGUCUUCCUCUCGUCGCGCCCUCUCUUCGCCCCUGACUGGAAUACUACCCCACCCCUCCAUGAUCGCGUGCCCCGCCUCCCUUACGAUCCGAUCCCUCUAACUACUACUUGGUUAGGCCCUGGCUAGCUGACCCUAGUAGUCCUUAGCAUGGUUGAUUCUCCUCCCUUCGGUUGCCAUGUCCCGACCUGCGACGUCUGCCCUCCAGAUUCCUUCUGCUAGCACCAAAGGCGAGAAUCCCAUGAGUCUCCGCCAGCGUGGUCCGACCCGCUCGGCCACUUUCGCCGAGGGUUCGUCCAGUCUGCGGAACGAACGACGGAACUCGACCUUGUCUGACUCUGUAUCCGAAGCCCGAAAUUCAAUUCGCUCUUCGACCGACGAUCUGUUUUUCCCCCGCGCCGCAAAGCAGGCCGAGGUCGACCUUCCCAACGAGGAGUCGCAUUGGCAUUCCGCGCCCCUGGGCCUGGCCCUUUUGCCGGCCAUCGCCGGGGUCUUUUUCCAGAAUGGAAGCGCCGUCGUCACGGACGUCACUCUGCUGGUCCUCGCCGCCAUCUUUCUCAAUUGGUCGGUGCGGCUACCAUGGGACUGGUAUCGCUCCGCGCAGGCUGUCCGACAGCCCGACCGAUAUUACGACGCUUCGGAGAUCUCGCCCGUGUUAGAUCCAGACGAGGCUCAAUCAACGCCCAACCCCCAAAACAAUUCUACCACGACCGACCCAAAAAGCCACCCGCGUUCUUCAGAUGCGGCGGGUGCAGCCUGUAGAGAACUGCAAGUCCACGAGCUUGCCGCCCUCGUGUCCUGCUUCGUGUUUCCCAUGAUCGGCACCUGGCUAUUGCACACAAUUCGAUCUAAACUAUCGCGACCGUCCGAAGGACUGGUGUCUAAUUACAAUCUCACCAUCUUUCUUUUGGCCGCCGAAAUCCGACCGUUUUCUCACCUUCUGAAAAUGGUACAGGCAAGAACGCUUCAUCUUCAACGCAUUGUCGCGCUGUCGACGGAGGAAGAAGAUGCCAAGGUCGAUAUAAGCAAGAUCAUUGAUAUCACGAAGCGCCUUGAAGAGCUCGAAGCCCAUGUUUCCGAGGCUGCGGCAGAGCGUCUUGCCUCCGAAUCCUCCACUCAAUCGCAGGAAAAUACCCAGUCGGUCGUUUCUCAGGCGACCGGAGAGCUGCGGAAAGGGUUCCAGCCGGAGGUCGAUGCUCUGACUCGUGCCGUUCGGCGAUACGAGAAGCGCACGGCGACAACGAAUUUUCAAACGGAAUCGCGGUUUCAGGCAUUGCAGAAUCAGGUCAAUCAAGCCAUCUCUCUCGCCGCCGCCGCCAAUCGCACGGAUCGCCAACGUCGCGUUGGAUUCAUUCCCAUGCUAUUUGACUGGAUGUAUGCGGCUGCUUUAAUCCCCAUUCAGCUUUUUAUGUCGUUGACUGCCUUACCCUGGCAAGGUGCGAGGUGGUGUUUGCGAACUUGUCAAGCUCUCCUGAUGUCACGGCCUUCGGAGCGGCCUGUCAAGGGAAAGACGCCGCAAGAUCGGAAGUCGCGAUCACCUCGGCAAACGAGACGACUGAUUCCGGCCGAUCAGUCGGGAUCCAAAGGGCUGAAGUCCAUUCGAGAGAACAAAUUUUGAUUUUCUCGCCCUGGUCCCCCAUCUCUAGAAUUCGACAAACCAAGAUCUCACUGUAAAUCGGCUAGAGUUCCCCAUGUAAUAAGCCACCGUUCGCAUUUGUUUAUUGUCUUUACUUGCGGUCCUUCCACCGAAUGUGGAUAAGGGCUUUGCUUGCCCGAGUCUUUCGGAUGGUCUGGCGUUGACUCAAAAUCAAGGGCUUGGUGGGUUUAUGUUUGAAAAUGCCGGGGCAAUCUUUAUGUGUAUUAUAGUAGUCAGCAUGCACAGAAAUUCGACCUUGGUUCUGGCCGAGGAGUUCAUCAUCU